UUCAUUGACCAGAUUGCUGCUUCUCUCCUUCUCAUUCUCCUGCUCCUCCUCCUCAUUAUCUCUUAUUCCCAUCAAUUAUCAAAUGCAAUCAAAUGGACCCUUUUACCCAUUCAUCCUUCUCUUUCUUCUCCCCCAUUAUUUGGACCCUUUGCCUUUCAAAUUUUUAUCGUUUAGUUUCUUCCUCCUCGCUUUCAUUCUAUUGGAGAGGAAGUUUUUUGAGAUUAUUCAAUUAUGGGAAACUGCUGCUUAAAACCAGCCAAGUGCGCUCAUGUUUCUUCUACUAAUUUUUCCUCUGGAAGUAAAAAGUCUCAUAUUGAUGAGUUGAAGCAGGAUUCUACCACUUCUUCGCAGAAAGCAUCGCUGGGAAGCUUUAACAAGUCUUUCAAAACAAGCACGGUUGAUUUAUCUGUUCCCAGCAGUCUCAAGUCCUUUAGCUUUAGUGACCUAAGGAAUGCCACCAAGAACUUUCGCUCAGAAACAAUGCUUGGAGAGGGUGGUUUUGGAUGCGUUUUCAAAGGAUGGCUUGAUGAGAAUACUUUAGCUCCUACUAAACCUGGAACUGGGAUUGUGGUGGCAGUAAAGAGGCUCAAGGCUGAAAGCUUUCAGGGCCAUAAGGAGUGGCUUGCAGAAGUUAACUACCUAGGGCAGCUUCGUCAUGAAAAUGUCGUGAAGCUCAUUGGGUAUUGUGUUGAGUCUGAGAACAGACUUCUAGUUUAUGAGUUUAUGCCCAAGGGAAGUUUGGAGAAUCAUUUAUUCAGAAAAGGGGAUCAACCUAUUACCUGGGCUACAAGGAUGCGCAUUGCCAUUGAUGUAGCGAGGGGGUUGUCCUUCUUACAUGGUUUAGAUGCCAAAGUCAUCUAUCGUGAUCUGAAGGCAUCCAAUAUUCUACUUGAUUCGGAUUAUAAUGCAAAGCUUUCUGACUUUGGCCUAGCAAGGGAUGGUCCCACUGGAGAUAACACUCAUGUUUCAACCAAAGUGGUGGGAACUCGGGGUUAUGCUGCACCGGAAUAUGUGGCUACAGGUCGCUUGACUCCAAAGAGCGAUGUCUACAGCUUUGGUGUUGUCUUGCUAGAAUUACUAUCAGGAAGAAGGGCAAUGGAUGAUGAGAGAGCUUAUUUUGUUGAAGAAACUCUGGUGGAUUGGGCAAAACCUUUUCUGAGUGACCCCAGGCGAGUUUUGAGAAUCAUGGACACCAGAUUGGGUGGUCAGUACUUCAAGAAAGGAGCCCAAGCUGCAGCUGCUCUUGCAUUGCAAUGCCUGCACACAGAUCCCAAAAAUAGGCCAUUGAUGAUUGAGGUUCUAACUGCAUUAGAAAAACUUAACACAUCAAAAGAUGCACCUAAGACACCCUCUCCAGCUAGGCUGGAUAGUCACUGGAUCAAGCGCGGGUCCUCACAGGAAUAAAAAGCAGCUACCAAUUUCAGUAUGAACAAUGUUUUCUCCUUGUGGUCUGACACAUCAAUCAUGUUUCUUGGAGAGCUAUUUUCAUGGUUUUCUACUGAAGUGCACUUGAAGCUAGUACAUCUCUCUAAAGCAAGUACAAAAUUAGUUAUACGCCAGAGCAGGCUAAAGCCAAAUUUAGCAAGAAGAAACAAUGUAUAUACAUAGUCUCUCAGCGUCUGGAGAAUGGCAUUGUGGAAAAGGCAUAUGUAUUAUCUGCAUAUUGUAAAUGGACGCUUUGGUGUUUGAGUUUUGUUUGUUACGAGCUAGGAUUGUUUUCAAACAAAAUCACAAAAUGAAGAGAAUGUUAAUGAGAUGAGAUGAGAUGAGGUGAGUUUAUUACUGUUUCUAACAAUAUUGCAUUCUCUUGGGGGGGUACUGGCAAGUCAAUUGUGAAAUUUAGUGGCAUUUUAGGUUCAUUCCUUAAUGUCUGAAAUAAGAGUGAUGAGUUGUUUUUUUUUUUUUCCUUCUAGUAAGUCUGUGUUAGUCAUCAUAGACUGGGGCAGUUAUUUGAGAAAAUUGAUCUUAAUUGAAUCGAUUCAUUUAAAACAGUAAUAAACUGAAUAGAAUGGAAGCACUUGAACAGAAUAU